GCCAAUGGCGAUGUGCGCAUGUCCGUGUUGAGGGAGACUAGAGAGUGCUACACGGAAAAGUGGCAAAGACAAAGAACUGACCAACCCCAGGAAAAGAGGAUAUACCAUUACCGGUUAAACGGAUUAUGCCAGUUUAGCAACCGUAAUAUCUCACAAGAGGGGAGGUAAUUCUCUCUCUCUCUCUGUUCCAGUGGUUCUCUUUCCUGGUGGUUGCCCUGUGGAACAGAAAGAGCUGUCGACACACGCUGGCGAUAGAAGAAGCGGAACACAGAGAUCAACUCAAAGGUGUUCUAUGGUGGAGUGAGCAUGACUUGGACGAUUGUCUGCUCGUCCGUCAAGUUUGACAGGAUUUCAAUUGCUGUGAAAAAACCCUGCUUCUUUGGUCGGUUAAGCUUUUGAGGUUACGCCAACCGCCGAAUAAAAAAAACCCAGCUUUUGUCUUAAAAAAAUUAUAACCAUAACCUUUACCUUUCUGGAGACACACGCAUACUUUUUGAGGACCACCACCAGGUGUGCUCUAAUAGCGCAGCCCCAUCCCCCCCUAACCCCAAAUUGUCGUGGCUUGAAGUUACCAUGGCAAUUGUUAGAAAGGCAGCAGCAGCAGCAGCAGCAGCAUCAGCAGGGAUGUUCGCGGGGUGGUUGUGAGGGCGGUGCAGUGGGGGUGAAGGUGGCUGCCGUGCGGCCGGUGGGUGGAACCAGAGAUGGGCAGCGCUCCCUAUUCAGCCAGUGAGUGGAAGUGCAGGGGCCGGGGGGGGCUUCAGGACCUGGGCUGUAUGCCCUGGAAGGUCAGCAAGCAGAAAACAAACGCCACCACACCUGGGUCAGGUGGAGGAGAGGGCAUGCUGGGGGGGUCGAGGGGGGGAGGAGGAGUUGGUGGUGGAGUAGGACGAGGAGGAGGAGGAGGAGACGCGGAGAGGAGGACGAGGAGGAGGAGCAGUAGAGAUCCCAAGGACUCCCAACAGCCAGAUCUAUCCUCUUCCUCAUCCUCGUCGCUCACGCCGUCGGCGGCGCUCACUGGCGACCCCCCGGCCCCGCCGCCGCCGCCCGCCGUCGUUGUCAUCUACCACGAGAAGCAGCGGCGGGAGCUGUGCGCCCUGCACGCGCUCAACAACGUCUUCCAGGACGGAACAGCGUUCAGCCGCGACGCGCUGCAGGAGAUCAGCCAGAGACUCUCUCCCAGCACUCUGGUGACGCCGCACAAGAAGAGCAUGCUGGGAAAUGGAAACUAUGACGUCAACGUCAUCAUGGCUGCCCUGCAGACGCGCGGGUUCGAGGCGGUGUGGUGGGACAAGAGAAGGGACGUGGGCAGCAUCGCGGUGGCCAACGUGACGGGCUACAUCCUCAACGUGCCGUCUAACCUGCGCUGGGGCCCGCUGCGGCUGCCGCUCAAACGCCAGCACUGGAUUGGCGUGCGGGAGGUGGGCGGAGUCUACUACAACCUGGACUCCAAGCUGCGUGGCCCCCACCCCAUCGGCAGCGCGGAUGAGCUCAGGAAGUUCCUGCGCCACCAGCUGCGUGGGAAGAACUGUGAGCUGCUAUUGGUCGUCUCGGAGGAAGUGGAGUCACGCCAGACCUGGAUGUCCCACAACAGUGGAGCAGAGUGAAGCGGCCAAUCCUAUCUCACGCUGGCGUUCAGGACAGGCCGAACGGGCCAAUCACAGCUUUCGAUGAAGAGGAAGCACGGGUUGUGCAGAGCCAAUCAAAAAGAUGCACAACGGCGCAGACGAUAUUUCUCCUGCUUCUGGUUUUGGUUUGUUUGGUUUUGUUUUGGGUUACAGUUCCAUUUCUGGACUCUUGGAAUCAAUGACACCCAAAACAAUGAAGGAAGCGAAUGCCUACAUUCAAACCUUACUCAAAUCUUUAUAAAGACAUACCUACCUACCUACCUACCUACAGGGAGAUCACUAAGAAUCACAUAUUUGUAACACAAGUCAAAUUUAUAAGCGUAUUAUUUCAAUAUCUGGUAUUGCUAUGUUUUUUUUAUAUAUAUAUAUCUAUAUACUGACUAUUUUUAAAUGUCGGUUUUGAUUUAUUUUGUACAUCGUACAGCUUCCCAAAGUGCUGGAACUCAAGCUGUAUGUCCAAUGAAGCCAUGUGUCUGAUCUUCAAGCUUUCGACCACACCUAUGUGUCUUCUUUGAGUCCCUCACUCUGUGGUUUUCUCUCUCUCUCUGUCUCUGUCUCUCACUCUCACUCUCCCUUUAGCAGAACCAUGUCCUUCUUGACUCCUGCCUGUCGCCUCGUUCUCUCUCCCGCUACCUUUCGACAUCCUCGUUCGCCCACCCUCGCCCAGUACAUUGUAUCGCACCUUCCUGCACCAGUCAGUACAGAAACUGCCCACACAACGGGGUGUUUUAAUUCAAAUGUUUCCAGUUUUCUUUUGUUUUUUUAUGGCAACGAGGCAAUGCGACACCCUGGGCCAAAAGACGCUCCCAUCUUGUGGAUGAUUGUCUGUUCUUGUGAGAUGCUGGGGUCAGCUCUAACUGAGCCCAGCAGCCCUUUUGAAGCCCCAUAGGUCUAGAGUCCUAGAUGUUUUACACCCAGAAAAAUAAGAAAAGUGUCAUUAAUGGUGAGUUAAGUACAGGAGAACGUGUUAGUGUCGUGCAGAUGUGUCGUGGUCGGGUUUCGAUGUGUGUCACGCUGCCAGAAGGGAAGUCGGCGUUUUUUACAGAGAGGAAAUGUGGGUUUAGGUACCGCAUUGAGAAUCAUCUUGAUAUCCUACAAGUCCUGAAGGAUAAUAUUCGAUUCUGAAAGAUAAUGACUUUGGAAAGAGGACGUUUGAAGUGAAAGUUGAGUGUGUUUUUGGAGAGUUGGAGACAGAGAUUUGCCUUGAUGCCGGCUGUGAUCAUAGAAGCAUUGUCUUAAGAGGAAAUGUUAUUCAUGUACAGACGGUAUGUGUUCUUUCAAUGAUGAUAUUGGCCUUAACUUGUUUACAUCGUAAAUAACGUAUGUUUAUCUCAAAAUGGAACGGUUUAGUUUCAUUACCAAAUCCUAACCCUAAAAAAAGGGCAUUUUCAAGUACUACAAUUUAUUUUAUAUUAUAUCAAGGUUGUUUAAGUGUGAUGCAAUCAAAAGAAGCUGGGAUAUUUUGUGGCCAUCCGAUUUUUCUUUGGAAGAAACUUUAUUUUGGUCAGAAAUGUGAUGAUUAAUACCAUUUAUAAGUUUUGAGGUUACAAUGUCCAACUGAGCAGCAGGCUCAUAUCAUUACACUAAGUGUUACAGAUAUAAGUGUGUUUAAUGUUGGCUAUGACAUUCCUCCUCAAUCAUUGGUUCGAGAGUCUGUUUUCAUUAUGCCUGUUUCCCCUUUCUUUCCUUUUCACAGAAAUAAAAAAAAAUCUUAUAAUGGCACUUUA